AUGUUUAUUCUUUCCUGCGAGGCCCGCACGGACGAGCGACGAGCAGCCAUCAUCAACCUGAUCAACAGGACCGAGAGAAGUGCUCGCACGAGAAGCCUGAAGGGGUUGAGAGAUCUGAUUCAGUCCAUCUGGGUGCAGCAGGACCUCCACGCCGACAGCGAUCUGUUGGUGAACUACCAUGGCAUCAUAAGCACUGUGGUCAGCUCGAGCACUACAUUGCUUUCCUUUGUGUAG